AUGACGCAAAUGGACUCUCGGCGCCGGCGACGGCCUCCUGAUGAAGGAGGCGGUAGUCUUGGGCUUUGUCCAUGUCGAACAUACGUGCUGCUAGCAGUGAUUAGUUUCAACGUCCUGCUCUUCAUCUACAACUUCCCUGGCCUAGUGGCUGUCAAGCCUUCCAUAAACCAAAUCACCAGCUCUUGGCUAGACAAGGAUGAGGUGACCAAACUAAUACAGGGCUUGGAAGUGAGAAUUGCCAGGUUGGAAAGUGAAAGACCCUCGAGUACAGGACAAAAGCAAAGCCCUCCUACCUCAAGCCCAAGAUCAACUACUCCAGCUACUCCAGCUCCCGCAGCAUCAAAGCCAACAACACAGGCUGUGCAAACUCCUGCUCCAAGCGAAACAUCAAGCGGCAGUCCACUGCCUUUGCCUCCAUCGCCUCCGAUUUCAAGUCUUGCGCCGGACAUCACUCCACGCACGCGUGAGAAUGGUGGCCUGCUGCACUUGCUGAGCCAUCGGAGUUGCUCACAGGACCAAAGUGCCAAGUGCAACCAGGGCUUCAUCAAGGAGAUGGACAAAAUGAGACAGGAGGCAGAUACUGCGCCGGAGAUUCAGGAAAGGCAUUUGUACACGAGUCUUCCAGACGAGCUCAUGAAUGACCCGCGGUGGCAAACUCAUAUCAAGCCAGGUGUACGUGGGCGUGGCUACUGGUUUUGGAAGGCAGCGCUGUCGCGGAUGCUGUUGUCGCAAGGCGUCCUCCAGAUAGGGGAUGAACUCCUUUAUGUGGACGCGGACUCCAUGGGCAUGAUGAAGCACCUCAUCAAGAUGCGCAGUCGUUUCAAAGAGGACCUCGUACUGGCCGCACAGCCCCAUUGCGAGCAUGUUUGGACCAAAGGUGACAUUUUCCAACGCUUCGGCACAACCUGGAACAACUUGCACUAUGGCCUCACUCAGCAGCCGAAGGCGCAGGCCUUUCUCAUGCGCUUGAACGAGCGCACGGUAAAACUGCUGCAGAUCUGGGAAGCUCUGAUGACGGACUUCCACUUGGUGUCAGACGAGCCUUCCAGGAACAAAGCCCUGGAUGGACCCUGGUUCAAAAGGAAAGAAAAUCGCCAUGAUCAGAGCAUCCUAUCGAUGAUCCUGAAGGCCAGCAUCGCGAAGUCUGGCUCAUGCAACGAGCCCGACUUCAAGUGUGAUCGGCUCGGCUCGGACGAUGAGACAGCCGGCUGGGAGGUGCAUCCGGAGCUAGGCGUGAAAGGCCUCACCGUCAAGUACAUCUAA